GGCUGUUGGCCUGCUGCUGUGCUACUGAACAGCAUGCAGUCCUUUCGGGAGCAAAGCAGUUACCACGGAAACCAGCAGAGCUACCCACAGGAGGUACAUGGCUCAUCCCGGAUAGAAGAGUUUAGCCCUCGGCAGGCCCAGAUGUUCCAGAAUUUUGGGAGUGCAGGUGGUGGUAGUGGUGGUGGUGGCGGUGGCGGUGGCGGUGGCGGCGGACGACGAACAGUGGCUGCUGCAGCAGCAAUGGCUAGUGAGACCUCUGGCCAUCAAGGCUAUCAGGGUUUCAGGAAAGAGGCUGGAGAUUUUUACUACAUGGCAGGCAACAAAGACCCUGUGGCAGCAGGAACACCACAGCCGCCUCAGCGAAGACCUUCUGGGCCUGUGCAGAGCUACGGACCCCCCCAGGGGAGCAGCUUUGGCAAUCAGUAUGGGAGUGAGGGUCAUGUGGGCCAGUUUCAAGCACAGCAUUCUGCCCUGGGUGGUGUGUCUCAUUAUCAACAGGAUUACACAGGGCCUUUCUCUCCGGGCAGUGCUCAGUACCAACAGCAGGCUUCUAGCCAGCAGCAGCAGCAGCAGCAAGUACAACAGUUGAGACAGCAGCUUUACCAAUCCCAUCAGCCUCUGCCACAAGCUACUGGCCAGCCAGCCUCUGGCUCAUCCCAUCUGCAGCCAAUGCAGCGGCCCUCAACUCUGCCGUCCUCUGCUGCUGGUUACCAGUUAAGAGUGGGUCAGUUUGGCCAACACUACCAGUCUUCUGCUUCCUCCUCCUCCUCCUCUUUUCCUUCACCACAGCGUUUCAGCCAGUCUGGGCAGAGCUAUGAUGGUAGUUACAGUGUGAAUGCUGGAUCCCAGUACGAAGGGCAUAAUGUGGGUUCUAACGCACAGGCUUAUGGGACACAAUCAAAUUACAGCUAUCAACCUCAAUCCAUGAAAAAUUUUGAACAGGCGAAGAUUCCACAAGGGACCCAGCAGGGGCAGCAGCCACAGCCACAGCAGCAGCAGCAGCAGCAGCAGCAACAACAGCAGCAGCAACAGCAGCAGCAACAGCAGCAGCAGCAACAGCAGCAACAACAGCAUCCCCCUCAGCAUGUGAUGCAGUACACCAACACUGCCACGAAGUUGCCCCUGCAAAGCCCAGUGGGACAGUACAACCAGCCUGAUGUUCCUGUGAGGUCCCCCAUGCAGUUUCACCAGAAUUUUAGCCCUAUAUCUAACCCUUCUCCAGCUGCCUCUGUGGUUCAGUCUCCAAGCUGUAGCUCCACCCCUUCUCCUCUGAUGCAGAGUGGGGACAAUCUUCAGUGUGGGCAAGGCAAUGUGCCCAUGGGUUCCAGAAACCGGAUUUUACAGCUAAUGCCUCAGCUCAGUCCAACACCAUCAAUGAUGCCCAGUCCCAAUUCUCAUUCUGCAGGCUUCAAAGGUUUUGGACUAGAAGGGGCACCAGAAAAGAGGCUGACAGAUCCUGGGUUGAGUAGUCUGAGUGCUCUGAGUACUCAAGUGGCCAAUCUUCCUAACACUGUCCAGCACAUGUUACUUUCUGAUGCCCUGACACCUCAGAAGAAGACCUCUAAGAGGCCCUCCUCCUCUAAGAAGGCAGAUAGCUGUACAAACUCAGAAGGCUCCUCACAGCCUGAAGAACAACUGAAGUCCCCUAUGGCAGAGUCAUUGGAUGGAGGCUGCUCUAGCAGUUCGGAGGAUCCGGGGGAGAGAGUGAGGCAACUAAGCGGCCAGAGCACCAGCUCUGACACCACCUAUAAGGGUGGGACCUCAGAGAAAGCAGGCUCCUCUCCAGCACAAGGCACUCAGAAUGAGCCCCCCAGACUCAAUGCCAGUCCUGCAGCCAGAGAAGAGGCUACCUCACCAGGCACUAAAGAUACCCCAUUGUCUCCUGAUGGAAGCUCAAAGGUCAAUGAGAAGACAGUUGGGGUGAUAGUCUCCCGAGAAGCCAUGACAGGCCGCGUGGAAAAGCCUGGUGGACAAGAUAAAAGCUCCCAAGAGGAUGAUGCUGCUGUCAUUCAGAGGCCACCCAGCAACAGUGGAGCAAAGGAAGCCAGUCACACAUCACUUCCACAGCCCGAGCCCCCAGGAGGAGGAAACAAAGGAAAUAAGAAUGGCGAUAAUAGCUCCAACCACAAUGGAGAAGGCAAUGGUCAGAGUGGCCACUCUGUAGCAGGCCCUGGGUUCACAGGCAGGACUGAGCCUAGCAAGUCUCCUGGAAGCCUGCGCUAUAGUUACAAAGAGAGUUUUGGGUCAGCUAUGCCACGAAAUGUUAGUGGCUUUCCUCAAUAUCCAACGGGACAGGAAAAGGGGGAUUUCACUGGCCAUGGGGAGCGCAAGGGCAGAAAUGAGAAAUUCCCCAGCCUCCUACAGGAAGUGCUCCAGGGUUACCACCACCAUCCGGACAGGAGGUAUUCUAGGAGUGCUCAGGAGCAUCAGGGUAUGGCUGGUGGCCUGGAAGGAAGCACGAGACCCAACAUCUUAGUCAGUCAGACUAAUGAAUUAGCUAGCAGGGGCCUUCUGAACAAAAGCAUUGGAUCCCUGUUAGAAAAUCCCCACUGGGGCCCCUGGGAAAGGAAAUCAAGCAGCACAGCUCCUGAAAUGAAACAGAUCAAUUUGGCUGACUACCCAAUUCCCAGAAAGUUUGAGAUAGAGCCUUCUUCAUCAGCCCAUGAGCCUGGUGGUUCCCUCUCUGAAAGGAGGUCAGUGAUCUGUGAUAUUUCGCCACUAAGACAAAUUGUCAGGGACCCAGGGGCUCACUCCCUGGGACACAUGGGUGCUGAUUCCAGAAUUGGGAGGAAUGAACGCCUCAACCCAAGUUUAAGUCAGUCGGUCAUUCUUCCAGGUGGAUUGGUGUCCAUGGAAACAAAGCUGAAAUCCCAGAGUGGGCAGAUAAAAGAGGAAGACUUUGAACAGUCUAAAUCCCAAGCUAGUUUCAACAAGAAAUCUGGAGACCACUGCCAUCCUACUAGCAUAAAGCAUGAGUCUUACCGUGGCAAUGCCAGCCCUGGGGCAGCAACCCACGAUUCCCUUUCAGACUAUGGCCCACAAGACAGCAGACCCACACCAAUGCGGCGGGUCCCUGGCAGAGUUGGUAGUCGGGAGGCCAUGAGGGGACGAUCCCCUUCUCAGUAUCAUGACUUUGCAGAAAAAUUAAAGAUGUCUCCUGGUAGGAGCAGAGGCCCAGGAGGAGAUCCUCAUCACAUGAACCCACACAUGACCUUUACAGAGAGGGCCAACAGGAGUUCUUUACACGCUCCCUUUUCUGCCAACUCAGAGAGCCUGGCCUCUGCUUAUCACACAAACACUCGAGCUCAUGCUUAUGGAGACCCUAGUGCUGGAUUGAACUCGCAGCUUCACUAUAAGAGACAGAUGUACCAACAGCAACAAGAGGAGUAUAAAGAUUGGAGCAGCAGUUCUGCUCAAGGAGUGAUUGCUGCUGCACAGCACAGGCAGGAUGGGCCACGGAAGAGCCCGCGGCAGCAGCAGUUUCUUGACAGAGUCCGGAGCCCUCUGAAAAAUGACAAAGAUGGUAUGAUGUACGGUCCACCAGUUGGGACUUACCAUGACCCCGGCAUUCAAGAAUCCGGGCGCUGCCUCAUGUCUAGUGAUGGAUUGCCUUCCAAAGGCUCCCAGAAGUUACAACAGGACUCUUGUUGGGAUCUUUCUCGGCAGACUUCUGCCAAAAGUAGUGGGCCUACAGGAAUGUCCAAUCAGAAGAGGUACGGGCCACCCCAUGAGACAGAUGGACAUGGGCUGGCUGAGUCGACACAGUCAUCCAAACCUAGCAAUGUAAUGCUAAGGCUUCCAGGUCAAGAAGAUCAUUCUUCUCAGAACCCCUUAAUCAUGCGGAGGCGCGUCCGAUCUUUUAUCUCUCCCAUUCCCAGUAAGAGACAGUCACAUGAUAUAAAGAACAGUAAUACUGAAGAUAAAGGACGCCUCCUUCACCCAGUCAAAGAAGGUGCUGAUAAAGCAUUCAAUUCCUAUGCCCAUCUUGCUCACAGUCAGGAUAUCAAGUCUAUCCCUAAGAGAGAUUCCUCCAGGGACCUCCCAAACCCAGAUAAUAGAAACUGCCCUGCUGUUACCCUCACUAGCCCUGCUAAGACCAAAAUACUGCCCCCACGGAAAGGGCGGGGACUGAAAUUGGAAGCUAUAGUUCAGAAGAUCACAUCCCCAAAUAUUAGGAGGAGUGCAUCCACAAACAGUGCAGAGGCCGGGGCAGACACUGUCACUCUGGAUGACAUACUGUCCCUGAAGAGUGGUCCCUCUGAUGGUGGGGCUGUUGCUGCGGCUGCUCCAGAGGCAGAGGUGGAGAAGAGAAAAGGCGAAGUGGUAUCUGAUCUGGUCAGUGCAACCAGCCAGGAGUCCAACACCGAAAAGCCUCUUCCUAGAUCUUCAGAAGAGUGGCGCGGCAGUGGGGAUGACAAAGUAAAGAUAGAGACACACCCAGAAACUGUUCCUACCGGGAAGGAACCCCCUGGUGCCAUGACACCCACGACCUCACAGAAGCCUGGCAGUAACCAAGGGAGACCAGAUGGUUCCUUGGGUGGAACAGCACCUUUAGUUUUUCCUGACUCAAAGAAUGUAACUCCAGUAGGUGUAUUGGCCCCGGAAUCAAACCCCAAGGCUGAAGAGAAGGAAAUCGAUACAGUCAUGAUUUCACCCAAACAAGAGAGCUUCCCUCCAAAGGGAUAUUUCCCAUCAGGAAAGAAGAAGGGGAGACCUAUCGGUAGUGUGAAUAAGCAAAAGAAACAGCAGCAGCCACCCCCUCCACCUCCUCAGCCCCCUCAGAUACCAGAAGGUUCUACUGAUGGAGAGCCAAAGCCAAAAAAACAGAGGCAGAGGAGGGAGAGAAGGAAGCCUGGGACCCAGCCAAGGAAACGAAAAACCAAACAAGCAGUCCCCAUCGUAGAACCCCAAGAGCCGGAGAUCAAGCUAAAAUAUGCCACCCAGCCACUGGAUAAAACUGAUGCCAAGAACAAGUCUUUUUUCCCUUAUAUUCAUGUAGUAAAUAAAUGUGAACUUGGAGCCGUUUGUACAAUCAUCAAUGCUGAAGAAGAGGAACAGACCAAAUUGGUGAGGGGCCGGAAGGGUCAGAGGUCCCUGACCCCUCCCCCCAGCAGCACCGAAAGCAAGGCACUCCCUGCUUCAUCCUUUAUGCUACAGGGACCUGUAGUGACAGAGUCUUCUGUUAUGGGACACCUGGUCUGCUGUCUGUGUGGCAAAUGGGCAAGUUACCGGAACAUGGGUGACCUCUUUGGACCCUUUUAUCCCCAAGAUUAUGCAGCCACGCUCCCUAAGAAUCCUCCUCCUAAGAGGGCCAUGGAGAUGCAGAGCAAGGUCAAAGUUCGGCACAAAAGUGCUUCCAACGGCUCCAAGACGGACACUGAGGAGGAGGAGGAGCAGCAGCAGCAGAAGGAGCAGAGGAGCCUGGCAGCACAUCCCAGGUUCAAGCGGCGCCACCGCUCAGAGGACUGUGGAGGAGGCCCUCGGUCCCUGUCUAGGGGGCUCCCUUGUAAAAAAGCAGCCACUGAGGGCAGCAGUGAAAAGACUGUUUUGGACGCAAAACCCUCCCUGCCCACCACUUCAGAAGGUGGCCCUGAGCUGGAGUUACAAAUCCCUGAACUACCUCUUGACAGCAAUGAAUUUUGGGUCCAUGAGGGUUGUAUUCUCUGGGCCAAUGGAAUCUACCUGGUCUGCGGCAGGCUCUAUGGCCUGCAGGAAGCGCUGGAAAUAGCCAGAGAGAUGAAAUGCUCCCACUGCCAGGAGGCCGGUGCCACCCUGGGCUGCUACAACAAAGGCUGCUCCUUCCGAUACCAUUACCCGUGUGCCAUUGAUGCAGAUUGUUUGCUGCAUGAAGAGAACUUCUCGGUGAGGUGCCCCAAGCACAAGGUGAGACUGUGGAGAUGAGAAGGUGGUGGACACUCGUAAGGGAAUGGAAUUGUCCUGCCGUGCAGCCACACCCCACCCUGCCCCGCCCCACCGCGCCUGCCCAUGCCAGCACUUCCUUCCUGUGUUCUCACAUCACACUCAACUGGUGACACCACAGGAAAGAAAGACACAAGAUGUUGGAAUGGCUAUUUCCAUGGACACAAUCUCCAUAGUGACAAUGUGGGGGGAGGGGGGAGGGGUGGGCUCAUGGGAAAAGGGGGGGGAUAAAGGGAGGGAUAAAAAUAUAUAUAUAUAAAUCUAUUUUUAGUCUGGAAAGACUUUGUUUAAAUGAAAGGUGCGCUAUCCCUUUUGAUUCUAUUUUAAAAUUAUCUAGUUAAAGGACUCCAAAUUUGUUCCCAUGACAGUGAAAUUUAAAUGUGAAUUGAACUGAACAAGCUCUCAUCUCAUAAAGGAUGGGGUGUGGCUUUGAUCUUUAGCCUGUCUCACACCAAGUCAGAGAACACUAGACCCAGGACUAAAAGAGCAGACAGACCACAACUGGGCCUUCAUCUUGUCACAAGGGAAGGUUCUGGGGGGGGGGGGAGGGAAAGGGGAUUUCAAGAGUGGAGGAAUGAUGUUUAAACACAAAAGUAAUUUUUUUUCUUUGCCAGAAACACUACUUAUUUAUUCUUUUUUAAAGUUUUAUCUUUUUGGGGGGUAAAAUUGGCAGAUGCCCCAAGGUCGUGGCUGAGCCCUGGGUAACUGUGGCUGGUGAGAUCCCUGAGAGCCCCUGUCUGGGGCCCUCUGUCCUUGGUACAUUCCAGGCAGCUGCUCCCAGGCUCAUGGGGACCCAAGGAGGCCUAGGCAGUCCUGCCCGAGAGUAGGCAGGGGCUGGGAACGAAUGUGUGUGUGAACCAGGUGGGUGGGUUAAGCUGACCAGAAAACACCCACUUAGCUGUUAUUUUCUUUUUGCUUUCAUUUUUAUAAUGGGAAAGGGGGGCUGUUAAGUGUCAGCUCCAUGCUAUAUGAUUAUGUUGUUUUGUUUUGUUUUGUAAAUUGUAUAAUUUUUAAAUAUCUAAGUUUUAAAAAAAUGAAAAAAAGUACAAAAAAAUCUUGUUAAGGCCUUAAGAAGGGGUUAGUGCAUCUUUCAGGGGUCACUCUGCCGUGGGGAUAAAAUAGCUGUUUCACAAACAGUUUUAUUUAAAAAAACAAAAAACAAAAAAAUCAAAAAAUAAUAAACUUCAU